CCCACAAGAACUUUCCUUCCUUGCCUCUCUUAUUAUCCCAACAAUUUCCUUUCCCUCUCCCCACUUUCUUUCCUUUUUAUUCCUCCCAAACCAAACAGAGAAAUCAAGCCCGAGCCGAGCUGACUCGAAAAAACUUCAAAGCCAUGGGUGAGGACGCUGCUAGAUCCAUAGAUCCCCCUGACUUCCCAACGGAAAACAACGGCAACUAUGCGUUGAGUGGUAGAAUCAUGCUCAGCGCGAUCGUCGUUUUGUUCUUCGUAGUGAUUCUCAUGUUCGCCUUCCAUCUUUACGCUCGUUUUUACCUUCUCCGUGCCGCCCGCCGCCGUAGUUCCCGUAACGGCAGCAGCAAUUCUCGGCGAACGCAGCUCGUCUUCUAUAUUGACCCGAACACUAAUGCGGCCUCCGCCACAACGCGCGGUCUCGAUGCGCGCGUGCUCAAGUCGCUCCCGGUUUUCACUUUCUCAUCCACGACGCAUCCGGAUUCCGCCCUCGAAUGCGCCGUUUGUUUGUCGGAAUUCGAAGAAAACGAAUCCGGUCGGGUCUUGCCCAAAUGUAACCAUAGUUUCCAUUUAGAGUGUAUAGAUAUGUGGUUUCAUUCUCACUCCACGUGUCCUCUUUGUCGAACUCCCGUUGAAGAACCCGCACUCGUAUCUGAGAAUCCAAGAGAUUUAGUUUUAACGAUAAAUGACCCGUCAGGAGUAGAGUCGGGACCGAAUCAGAGCUCUGAUUUAUGUGCCACGUGUCAGCAUGAGGAACAGGCAGGUACGUCGGCUGUUGCGUACCGGAGGAAGUUGUCGAUUGAGGUUCCCAGGAGGAAUACCGAAGGUUUUGAAGGUGAGUCAAGUGGGUGUGACUCAGGACCAAGUCAAUCUUAUAAAUCGCCGAUGAGUCGAAUGCUGUCGUUUAAGAGGAUAUUGAGUAGAGACAGGAGAGGGAAUGGGGCGAGUUCUUGUCCUUCCCCGAUAAACGCGGGGAAUUGCGGGUCAAUCAGUGUGUCUGAGUCGGAUAUCGAGCGAGGUGGUGACGAGGCUCGGCAAACUCAUGGCUGACUCGGGUUGUGUGUGACUCAGUAGAUAUUUGCAACGUGAUUGAAUUACCUCAUCGAAGUGAAAAGACAUUGCAAUGAAUUGAAUGUACACGUUGAUGAGCGGGAAUCUUUGUUCGUAAAAUCGUGUGUGUAAAUGAAAUGAAAUUUAUUUAUUUUUUGUUUUACUUGAGUUAAACCUUUUGUUUUAUUAGAGAUACAGUUGGUGUUUUUAAUUUUAUUUUAUAAAUUGUUUUUUAAAUCAGAAAUUAUCAGGAAGCUUUAGAUUUCAUUUAGGU